AUGGCUUCGGUAGCAAAGGCGGAGGACUGGUUGGGGAGAGCUGUUGGGUUGGAUCGCUGGAACUCUCUGGAAGGAGAUGGCAAAUCUCGUCGAAGUGGAAAAGGAGGAAUCCCUUUGCAAGUCACUCCCGGUGUGAAAGGAGCCGGCCAGUUAAAUGUGAGACUAAUGAAAGAAAACAAAGAAAUCGGAGAUGAGGCAGUAGACCUUGAUGCGUUAAACGGAAAUGAAGCUGAAGAGCGAAUUGAUCGGGUCACGUGUGUCCGCGGUUAUGUAACCGUCGCCCCUCUUCGGACUUCUGUACAUCAACUGGCACCCUGA